ACACAUGAUCGUGUUCUCCCGAUGGCAAUGAAACCUGUUUUAGCGAUCGCUAUCGCCAAGGUCGUUCAGCCUACGUACUUCUACGUUUCGUACGACCGUGUUACAUUAUCAGUGUUACGGUUGUUGCGGUGUGAGAAAGAUGCAGCUCAUCAGACAGACAUUCGUUGUGUUUAUAUUGUUUCUGAAUCGUUUUAGUCAUGGAGAUCGCUCGUUUAUGGCAUAUUUAGAGCGAAACCGGAUCGAACAAGUGAUGAUGCCAAAUGUUCGUGAAUCACUAGAUGAUUGUCAUAUGAGGUACUACAAACACAAUAUACCGACGCAAGAAUAUUCUGUUUUUGAUCGGCCCCGUUUAAAGUUCCGCGAGAUCCCCCAUCUAGCGUUGAUUGGAUGGACUGGAUCGGAUGGAAUCGUGCAAUGGAACUGCAUCGGAAUGUUAGUGUGGGAGAAUUUUGUGUUAACUACGGCUCGCUGCACUAGAAACGAAAAUCUCGUGGCUCCCGAUGUGACGCGUAUGGGAAAUCCCAAUCAACAAGCUGCUGGUGAAGUGCAACAGAUAAAAAUCGCCCAAGUUAUACGGCACGCGGAGUAUAGGGAGUAUAGCCGGCAGCAUGAUAUUGCUUUGUUACGAUUGGAGACAAAGGUGGAACUGGACGCUUUAGUGGUUCCGGCCUGUCUGUGGAACAAGGAAGAGAUGGACUUUCGUAACUUGGAAGCGGCACAAUGGAGUGUGGUAGGAUCUGAAACUGUUUCAAAAGUAACUGUUCAUCCUGUAUCAGUUGAUUGUGAUAAAGCCGUAGAAAUGAGAUCGCAAAGUAGCAACGAUACUGUGCAGAGUUCUGAUUUGUGCGUUGAUAGCAUCGAGACGGAUUCAUGUUUGAGUAACUCUGGUGGAUUUCUUCAAGUAUCGUUACACCACAAUUCGAAGGUGUCUCCAUUCGUCGUUGCCAUCGGUUCCCCUUUCAAUGGUUCCUGCGCAAAAUCAAAACCUUCACUUUAUACGAAAGUGUCCCCAUACGUCCAGUGGAUACGUUCCACGAUUGAGGCUAGUGGAGAAGAGUCAUGGGAGUGGAAGUUCAGAGAAGCCGAGUGUGCUCUUCGCUAUGUAAACCUAAGACCCUACGAAAAGGAUGUGUUGAUCGGUGAAACGGAUGCCAACGUGUUGGUGACGCCGGCUAGUAGACAUAUCGAACCGAAGUACACACAUGCGAUGGUGGAAAUACACUUCGGAUACUUUAUGAACACGCAGGAAUGUCAUGGUCUGAUAAUAGACGAGGAUACCGUACUGACGUUGGCCCAGUGCACCACCAAAUAUGGAAAACGAGCUAUGUAUGUUAUGUACCUGGGCAAUGAGCGGAACUCUGUUGUGAAGCAUUACAACCAUCCGGGAUAUCGCGAGGGACAGCUUCACAAUGACGUUGGAUUAUUGAAGAUGAAAAUGCACUUUACUUUCUUCGCAUCCUUUGUACCGUACUGUAUUUGGCAUGGUGACGAACUUCCUGAAGGCAAGGUAGAGCUGACCGGUAAUGGAAGGCGCGAUCUUAACUACUUCAGCCUGCACGAUAAAUCUGUGGAUGUGUUUGAGCCUCAAUCUACUCAGUUGAUAACACGUGCUGAUGUGUUUCCUAUUAAAAACUGCUCUUAUCCGGAGGAGUUCUCGAGCAACUUGACACGAGGAUUAACUGAGGAACAUCUCUGCUUUGGCAACGAACCGUACAUUGUUCCGGAAACAUGUGACCAAGCGCUCGGUGGUCCAAUCGGAGGACAAGUGGACAAAUUGAACAAACCUUUUCGAUACGCGUACGCACUGAAUUUGCAUGGACGAGACUGUGGGUUUGGUUGGUCUUCAUUAGGCGUACGGCUCGCUGGCCAUGCUAACUGGCUAAAGUCUAUAUUGCUACCCGACUACAGGAAAGAUAGUGGAUCACUACACUUCUUCCAUUCGGAUUUGGAAGAAAAUGACACCUGCCGGCAUGUAGAUGGUACGGAUGGACUCUGUGUGGAUGUGGCAAGAUGUCCCAAGAUACGGUAUGAAUUUUCAGUCAACCGUAGGGUGGUGUUUUGUAACGCUUCUAAUGUUGUUUGCUGUCCGUAUGAAAAUAUGUUGAAUGAAACAACGCCGGCUGGUCGGGAGCUGAACGAAUGCGAAGAUCGCUACAAGGAGGAUCGUAUACGUACAGGCGAAAAGUUGCUUGGAUCUGGACCUGUUGGUGAUGAAUUUCCACAUCUUGUUGCGAUCGGUUGGCAGAUGAAUGGAUAUGGAAAAGUGCGUUGGAAUUGCAGAGGAACCAUCAUUACCUCGACAGCAAUUUUGACGAGUGGGAAAUGUGUACAGCAACAACCAAACACACCGUCUUUUGUUCGGCUAGGAAUGAAUGAUACAGCUCCGAUGGUUGAUGUGCAAGAAAUAACCAAACAUCCAAAGUAUGAUCCAGUCACUGGCAAGAACGAUAUAGCAGUGAUUAAAUUGAAGGAUUCUAUUGCACAAAGAGCAUCAACGAAAUUUCCUGCCUGUGUCUGGACCAACCAAACUCAUACACCCUUCAAAAUGAUUCAGCUUGUGAUUAAUGAAACGGCGGACUCUUACGUUUUCCCAACCGCUAAAUACAACAAAGAUUGCGAAGAAUUAGUGGAAGGGAUAGCCUCCAAUCAACUUUGUGUUGAUGUACAGCCUCCGAGCACGAUCGUUUCCGAAGGAGAUCCUAUGUUUUGGUCUAAAACACUACAGGACGGUACGAGCAUACAGUAUUUGGUAGGAAUUAUGAGUUAUGCUGCAGCAAACGACAAAUCGGUGAAUGUUCACAGCCGCAUGUCAUCGUACUUUGAGUGGAUAAAGAGUGUUUUGUAGAUGAACUACUUGUUUCACUGUAUUACAAAAAUACACCCAUUUUACAAUCGAAUUCAAUAUAAUGAGGAGAUGGAAAAAUGAAAUAAACUUGAUUCGUUCAAUCGAUCCAA